GUUUAUUUUGAUGUAAAAUUACUAAUCCCACCACCAUUCUGAGUUUCUGAAAUUGAGUGGGAGGUUGUGAUAUUGAAUAGCCAGUUAUUCCAGUUAUCGCGUUAAUACUUGAUUUUGCCGACAAUUUCUUGCAAUUUUUAAAAUCAGGUCAUUACACCACAUAUUGUUGAGCUACAAUGAAAAUGAAUGGAAAAAGUGCUGCUGAUUCAGGAACGUGAAUAUUCAAGCAUGUUUUAAUUUUUAAUUCAGAUAAAAGUUAAAAUUGUGGUAGUAAUUUGACUUAUUCAAUACAUAAUGGCAGAAAGGAAAAGGGGGCCGCCCAAACUUAUUAUACCCAAAACUGAAGAAGUAAUACAACCUCCCAGGAACUUGGACAAGCGCACUACAAUUACAAUAGGUGACAAAACAUUUGUAGUGGAGGCUGACGACCUCGAAAAGAUCUGUGAUCUUGGCAGGGGAGCUUAUGGAAUCGUAGAAAAGAUGAAGCAUCUACAGUCUCAAACAAUCAUGGCAGUAAAGAGAAUAACAGCUACGGUGAACACACAAGAGCAGAAACGACUACUGAUGGACCUGGACAUCUCGAUGCGAUCGUCCGACUGUCCGCACACCGUCCAGUUCUACGGCGCUCUGUUCAGGGAGGGCGACGUGUGGAUCUGCAUGGAGGUCAUGGACACCAGUCUCGACAAGUUCUACACAAGGGUCUACAAACACAAACGCAGCAUACCUGAGAAUAUACUCGCCAAUAUCACGCUGGCUGUGGUGAGCGCACUUCACUACCUGCACUCGCAGCUGAAGGUGAUCCACCGCGACGUGAAGCCGUCCAACAUCCUGGUGUCGCGACGCGGGGAGGUGAAGAUGUGCGACUUUGGUAUCUCUGGCUACCUGGUCGACUCGGUCGCCAAGACGAUCGACGCCGGCUGCAAGCCGUACAUGGCGCCCGAACGCAUCGACCCGACCGGCAACCCGUCGCAGUACGACAUCCGUAGCGACGUCUGGUCGCUGGGCAUCUCGCUCGUCGAGCUGGCCACCGGGGCGUUCCCCUACAGCAGUUGGGGCACGCCUUUCGAACAGCUCAAGCAGGUUGUCAAGGACGAUCCGCCCCGUUUGCCCGAGGGAAAGUUCUCGCCAAAUUUCGAGGACUUCAUCAGCAAGUGCCUGCAGAAGAGCGUGGACUCGCGACCGAACUACACCCAGCUACUGGAGCACCCGUUCUGUGGCGCUGAGCGCAGCACCCCCACCGACAUCUCGGCGUUCGUCUGCGAAAUACUCGACUUACCAGAAACACCAUAGUCUCCACUGGCCUCGGCCAUCCGAGCAUCACUCAACUUCUCAAACUUUUUCACCAACUUCAGGCGUGAGUGAAACUGUAGCCCUAGCCUUACCAUCAAUCUGUAAAUAGGUACCGUAGCUGUUAUAAGAGUUUCAAUCUAAAAACAAGAGAUGUCAUGAGAGUUUAUCAGAGUAAAUCUAAAACCUAAAGAUGUUAUGAGAUUUUGAAUCUAAAAACAAGAGAUGCAGUACUCUAUGUCAAAUAGGUUGCUGUUAUGAGAGUUUGAAUCAAAAACAAAAGAAUUACCCAUUUAUGUAAUAUAUGUGUAUUAUGAUCUCUUUGAAAGAUAGAUACUGUUUGCAUCUAGAACCAAGAGACCUACUACUUCUAUAUUUGUCCCAUGUGCACCAUUUAUAUUUAACGUUAAUCUUAUUUUGCAUGACGAUAUGGUCGCAUUUAUUAUUAUAAUGUGUUUUAUUCUGGGUUUAAACCAUUAGCUGAUCAAUCUUAUUUUAAACCAGUAUGGUGCAAAUGGGCCUUAGAGCCAUAUGCACCAUCUCAGUUUGAACGGUGAUUGAUCGGCACUAGGCUCUAAUCACUACCUCCGUAAACUAAGCCGUAGUGCAUUCGUGUGACGUCAGCACAGGUAGGGCUCCUACACCAAUAAAAAUUCGUUGAUUUCAGCUGAUCUAUAUCAGCUAGUGUUUUUAUUGGUGUAGGAGCCCUACCUGUGCUGACGUCACACGAAUGCACUACGGCUUUGUUUACGGAGGUAGUGCUCUAACACGGAAUGUAACACAGUCAUUAUAAUAAAUACGAUCAUAACCUCAUAUAAACCUAGUUUAGUGUUGAACGUAAAUGGUGCAUAUGGACCUAAUAUAUUAUGGUCUCUCUCGAUCUGGAAAACUAUAAGAAUAUAUCAUCAAAUUUAGGGCAGAAAUGGUUUCUUUGGCUAUAAAAAUCAUUACCUAAAGUACUUGAGAAUCUUAUUACACUAUGUAGUUAAUGUAGAUUUAGAAAAUAUCACCUAUAUUACCCUUCAUAUUUAGGUGUAAUUUAUUUUGUGACUUGAUCUAGAAAGUAUCACCUACAUGAGGAUUACUAUUACCCAAGAUCUAGAAAACAUCACCUAUACUGCUCUAUUUAUUUAGGUGUAAUAUGGUAUGUUAGAAUCUAGAAAAUAUCAUCCACAUGUACGUACAAGAUCAUAUUUAUCGAUGUAUUCAGAGUUAAUUCAUAGUCUUCUAAUCCAUGUGAUAUUACCUACAGAAGAGAUCAUAAUAAACUAUCUGGAAAAUAUCACCCACAUGAAAGUCAUAUAAAUCGAUUUAUUCUGUAAUGAUAAAGUCUCUCUUUAUCCAGUAAAUAUCAUAAGUACAUAAGGGUAAAACGAAGACAAUGCAUUCAUUUGGUCAAUACUAAAUUUUGGAGAAUAUUUCUUCAAUUUAACACCAUCUAAAUGUACUGUAUCAAUAAAUCGUUCCUAUUCAACUUUGAAGCUCUCAUAAACGUGAAUUAAAAUGUUCUGCAUACGUAUUAGUAAAUUUACACCCCACAAUUUAUUGUUUAUUUUGGUAUUGUUCAAUUUCAAUUUUCUAUAUUUACGGUUGCUAACCUGAAAUCGCCAUUUUCUUGUAUUGUACUCUAAACUUGUAAAAAUAAGUGGUGAUUAACUGAAAGAACAAUGUACUGUAUAUAAUUUAAGGCAAGCCUUAGCUAUGUUAUCUGUAUUUUAGAUAGUAUUCGAAUGAUAAUUACUAUAGUAAUAGGAUUUAUUUGGUUAUAGUAAACUUACAGAAUGAAAAACCAAUUUCAUGAUAUUAUAUUGUUGUGUUAACUGUUACUAAAUGUAAGUAGUAGGAUAAGUGUGACAAAAAUGAUAUUUCAUUAUUUUAUGUGUUGUGUGUGUGUUAUUUCAAUGAAAUAGAGAUGUUACUUAUUGUGGUAGCAAUUAUGGGCGAACAUAUUUGUGUAUUGUAUUCGUUAUUUGAAUUGAUGAAAGUAUAGUUUUGUAGUGCGAGUGCGGCUGUCUGUCAAAUACUGAAACAAAGUUCAUGUUUGUUUACAAGUUAUUGUCAUUAUUGCGACUAUUUUCUUGAUGAGCGUAGUAAAUGUAAAUAUUGUAUUUAUUUCUCAAUUAUCCAACAUAUUAUUACAACAAUUAGAAUUAACCAAAUUAUACGUAUUUAAGGGCCACUUUCUAGCCAGUAAAAAGUUUCGCAGCUAUCAUUCUCAAUUAUUAUUAAGCUGUUUGCCAUUUAAAUGAAGCCAUUAAUUAUGUACAUUUCCUAAGAUUUCUUAGCCAUUUGAAUUCGACACCCAAUGAGUGUCGUCUAACAUCUGAAAAAUAUUGAAAGUUAGGACUGCUCAAUGAUUUGUUAAAUAGCUGCAGUAUUUCAACUGUUCAAAUAUAGAUUAAUCAAUGUUCAACAUCAUAACGAUUUUCUCUUUAACCUUUUUGAAACAGAUUAGUAAGCUUUGAUUCGCGGUACGGAAUUACACUCUUAUCUGCUCUGCUUUUGUUUUCGUGAAUUGUUUCGAAACAUUUGGUGAUGGAUUAUAGAGAGAAUUUAAACUCUUACUUGCAAGUAAAUGCUGGCGAGUCAAUUGAACCGGUCCAUGGAUCGGUGAAUCUUUGCGAUUCUCGGAAUUUAACUCAAUUGGGGAUUCUCUUGAUCAUGUUUUCGGGUAUUGAAAUUCAUUUUUCCCAAUAAAUUCAGCUAUGGUGUAGUAAGGUAUUGUCAUGAAAUACUGCUUCAGCUCCUUCAGGAAAUGUGGGUAGGAAUGUAUCAGUGACUUGGCAGGAUGCUAAAGUAGUGUGAGCCAGCGUAGAUUGGGGUGCACUGGUAUUUGCCGAUCCUAUGUUGCGGGAAAUCAAUAUUUAGUCGGCUUCGGGAAUUGCUAUUAUGUUGAUUAAAUCAGAGUUCAGGUCUUGUUGCAAGAAUGAUUGUUUCUGUAAUACAGAUUGAGAUCACUAUCUUGAUUUGAAUUCCUUGAAAUCUUGCCUUACAAUAUUAUUCUUGAUGCUUUUUUUGACAGCGAAGUAUUCUAUCCAUAAAGCUUCUUGUUGAUAAUCCCCUUACUACAAUUCCAUACCGCAACAAAAAGGCAAAAUAUAAUGAUACUCGACAAAUGCUGCUUUCUCAUAUUCAAUGCUUCUAAUUCUCCAAACAAAAUAAAUGGCUGAAGAGAGUUUUUUUCUUAAAUGGUUUGUGUAUUCAUUCCGGUUCAGGUAAAAAGUAAAUUCGUAUGACUUUUUGUUGGUGGAGAGUCCCUCGCAGGAAGUUCCCACCUCGCAUGAAUGUAUCAUUUAAGCCGUCAAUGGGCCUUACUACUGUCUAACUUACAUACUUCAGCCGGGACCGAAAAUUUAACGUGCCCAUCCGAUUCAGGUUUUGGUCAAACAUCACCCCAAGAAACAUUGUACGGCCAGUUCUAUCCGUGUUGCUUUCUGUCUCGUGUUCUUGCCUUUGGUUGGGUGCAAAAACCAUCUUUACAGUUUUCUCCCUGUUAAUUUGUAAUUUUGAAGUUAUUGCAUACUGAAGAGCCUCUUGGAAUGCUUAAUCUAUACUGAUGUCUCUGUCCGACCCUCUUUCUGUUGGAAUCAUGAUUGUGGUGUCAUCCGCAAACAGUACACAUUUAUGAUUCUCUCAAUUUUUUAUAGAAAAUCAUUGAUGUAGGUCAGUUCCUUGAACUGUAAACGUUUUUCCAGUAUUAGUCGUGCCGUAGCUGAAAACCAGGGAACUGAAGCCAUUAUUAUGAAGUCGAAUCGUCUCUUGUGCAUCUUUUCAUUUGUCUUAGUAAUCGCAUUCUAGCAAGACGGAAUCCUUCAUCAAUGUUUCUUUCUCAGAACCCAUGCCUCACUUCCAUAAACUAAAGUAGGAAGACUGUUUCAGCAUUCUCAGAGUUUAAGCCUACCCAUCACUAACUCAUUUAACCUGAGGAUAUUUGACUCCAAGGUGUGGCUGGGUAGCUCAGUUUAAUGAAGGAUAGGAUCCUCUGAACUGAAACGUAACAAAAACGUGGCUCUGAACGCGGAAGAGGAAACAUUUCGCAGAGCAAAUUUUUGAAGAUAUGGUAUUAUGUUUGUUUUAUAAUAUUGAGUUCAACAUUUUUAUCGAUUUGAAAAAUUAAAAGCUGUUGGAUCAUAGUUUUUGAGAAAAGAAAAAUAAUCAGCGAAGAAUAUAGUCUGAACAUAACCAACUUCUUGAUUGUUGAUAGCUCUAAAUUAGGAAUGUUGGUUUUAAGCCUGUUGUAUCAUCUCAUAUUAUUUUGUAAUGUAUUGUCAAUAAUAAUAAAAAUAAUAUAUUGCUCAUCUUCACAAUAACUUAUGAAAAAUUACAAUAUAACUACAA